GCAAAAUUAUAAAGGCAACAAAUACAGAACAAAAUCACAAAUCAAAAAUAUAUCUCGCCCAGCCCAACUAGGUGAAAAUAUGAAAAACUUCAUAAGAGGAGCCAUAGCGCAUGACCCACCAAUAAAAAGUAAAACUAAUAGUCAAACAAAAAAUCACUCUCAAAAUCCACCUUGAAAAUUAAUCACUCAAAUGCAAGCAUCUAAAUCUAAUGGAAAUUACAACAUUUAACUUCCAAUUUAAUUUUUUUCAUUUUCUAAAUCUAUAUUCUUUCUCCUUCACAAGAAAAAUUACAAUAAAAAUUGAGAGAGCCUUACUUUUACCUGUCACAAAGAUGUUGAUAUAUAAAACAACUACAACAUAUAUAUAUAUAUGACAAUUUUUUUAUAGGAGUUUCACUUUACACUUUAUUGGUGGGACUCUCAGUGUUUCUCGACCCGUGAAUAGUUUUCGGCGUGAUUUUUUUUAUGACCGUGUAUAUUGUAGCUAUUUAAAGCAUUCUGCAAAUUUUCAUAAAAUUUUGAAUAGCUUACAGUACAAAAAACUAGGUUCAAACACGUUGUUUUCCACGCGCAUAAAAAAUAUUAGUCAUGCGUGCAACAACAUGUUUGAACUUAGUUUUCGGUACUGUAAACUAUUCGGAAUUUUCUAAAAUGAGAAUUCUCCUAUAGGGGCUUUACUUUAAGCCCUACUGGUGGGGCUCUUCAGUGUUCUCGACUCGUGAAUAGUUUUCAGCACGAUUUUUUUUUAUGACCGUGUAUAUUGUAGCUGUUUAGAGCAUCCUGCAAAUUUUUAGAAAAUUCACUACAACAAAUUUGAUAUACAAUGACUCCCUACAAUGUCUUACACCAAUGGUGUCAGACAUUAAAACUUAUCAGGGGUUUUAAAUGUCUGAUGGUGUAAGACAUUGAAAGUGUAUAUUAAUGGCUACAAUUAGAAGACAUUAAAAAUGGUGGAAGACGUUGGAAAUAGGCUGGGGUAGUGAUUAUGGGUACAUCCAACGUCUCCCACUGGAAGACGUGGGACACGUGGCACGUCUCCCAGUGGGAGACGUUGGAUGUGCUCCCUUCAUAUAUCACCAAAUAAUCUUUGUCUUCCUCAUAUCACCAACCCGAGAGCAUGCAAACCAGAGGAGAGAAAUUGGGGCUGCGUUUUUUAGGGUUCUAAGGUUGUGAUUUUUGUGGUGAGAUUUUAGAGAGUAUUUUGCAUCAAAAUUCCUAUAUCAAUCACACAUUUGAGGUAAUUAAGUUUCUAAAAUUACAAUAAUACAUUAUAUAUUGCUAGAUAUUUAAUGAUGUUUUAUUUAUUAUUUAUUAAUUUAAUUUUAUUGGUUUGUGGAUUUAAUAGCGAAUUUGAUUACUAAGUGAAGUAAUUUUGCUAGCUUUUGGAUUAAAGAUUGCAAGAGGUACAUAUAUAUUCUCUUACAUCUACUUUUAAUAUUAUUAAACAAAUGUUAGAGGAGUUUGAAUAUCUUAAAUAUUCAUCCAUAGUGAAGUAGGUUCUAAGAUUAAAAUUGUGUGCUGCGGUGAUAACAAAAGGUUGAGAACUUGUGUGUAUUAGUGAAGUAAGUUCUGAGAAAUUUGACUGUGUGCUGCGGAGCUAUAAGGAAGAAACUUAUUUUAUGUUGUUUGAAUUGUUUGUUUUGCUAUUCACAUGCAGAUGGUUAGGUCACUAUUAUAGGGGAAAUGCUGCCCGAUUUUAUCUAGGAUAAUAAACAAUUAGUUUUAUAUAGACAUUCUAUAAGGAAGAAACUUAUUGUAUGUUGUUUGAAUUGUUUGUUUUGAUAUUCACAUGCAGAUGGUUAAGUCACUAUUAUAGGGGAAAUGCUGCUCGAUUUUAUCUAGGAUAAUAAACAAUUAGUUUUAUAUAGACAUUCAACUUUAUCACGUGCUUAUUUAGUGUUGUUUCUUUUCUUUUUCAUAGACAUAGGAGAAUAUAUGGAUAAACAAUGGAUGUCGGCGAAUAGGUUAUCUGCGGAAUAUAGGAACGGGGUCGAUUUGUUCUUAAGAUUUUGUUCGGAAAAUGUGAGAGACCCAAAUUUUACUUAUUGUCCAUGUCUUAAGUGUGGAAAUGUUAAAAAGAUGGAUCUUAAAAAGAUUAAAGAACACUUAUAUUUCAAUGGGAUCGACAAGAGUUACACAAUUUGGUAUUACCAUGGGGAGAUAGCUCUGAUUGCUCCAACUCUGCUAAGUAGACCAAAAGGAGUGAGGAGGAAUAUAGUGGAGGAGAAUUGGGAUCCAUUAGAUGAAAUGAUUGACGACACACAUCAUGGAUCAGAAGUAGACCCAAAUAAGUUUGAGACACUCCUUAAUGAUGCCGAGAAACCAAUUUACCCUGGUUGUACAAGAUUUACAAAAUUAUCUGCGCUUCUUAGGUUGUACAAUCUAAAAGCUAAACAUGGCUGGAGUGAUAAAAUCAUUACUGAAUUAUUUGGUUUUUUGAAGGAGUUAUUGCCUGAAGAUAAUGAAAUUCCAAUUUCAUUUUAUGAGGCAAAGAAGACGUUAUGCUCAUUAGGCAUGCAGUAUGAAAAAAUUCAUGCAUGUCCUAAUGAUUGCAUAUUAUAUUGAAAUAGUUUUGCAAACGCAAAAUCGUGUCCUACUUGUAGCGAGUCACGAUGACAAAAGAAAAGAAAUGGUGACGAUGUCAAGGAAGGAGUCCUGCCAAAGUUUUGUGGUACCUUCCGCCAAUUCCUCGUUUCAUCCGAUUGUUUAGAAAUGCCGAACAUGCUAAAAGUUUGUCGUGGCAUGCUAAUGAAAGAAUAAAGGAUGGUAAAUUAAGACAUCCAGCUGACACCCUUGCUUGGAAGAGAGUUGAUUUGAAGUGGCCUUCUUUUGGAAAUGAAUCUCGUAAUAUUCGUCUAGGUCUUUCGACUGACGGGCUUAAUCCACAUGCAUCCCUUAGCAGUAAGUACAGUUGUUGGCCUGUUAUGCUUGUUAUUUACAAUCUAUCCCCAUGGUUGUGUAUGAAGAGAAAGUUUACGAUUUUGACCUUGUUGAUAUCAGGACCUAAACAACCUGGUAUGAUAUUGACGUCUAUCUAGCUCCUCUUAUAGAUGACUUGAAAACUUUGUGGGAUGAAGGGGUUAAGUUUUAUGAUGCGUAUAGGCAGGAAGAAUUUAAUCUUAGAGCGGUCUUAUUGUGGACAAUUAAUGACUUUCCUGCUUAUGGAAAUUUAUCUGGGUUUAGUGUGAAAGGAUAUAAAGCUUGCCCCGUUUGUCAAGAAAAAACAUGUUCUGAAUACUUGAAACACUCUCAGAAAAUAUGUUAUAUGGGACAUAGGAAGUUCUUGCCUAAUACGCAUAAACUUCGGACUUGGAAGAAGACAUUCAAUGGUAAGCAAGAGUUUGAAGAGGCUCCUGAGCCAUUGAAUGGGAUCCAAGUACUUGAGAAGAUGUCUAAAAUUGUGUUCAAGUUAGGGAAGCCCAAAGUUUGUACACCUACAAAGAUGAAACGUAGUCGCAAGGCCAAGGUUGUGGAGGAGCCAAAAGGGUGUUAUAAAAAGAAAUCUGUUUUCUUCGAACUUGAAUAUUGGCAUUUCUUACUUAUACGUCAUAAUUUAGAUGUUAUGCACAUAGAGAAAAAUGUAUGUGAUAGUUUGAUUGGCACUUUGUUAAAUAUUCCUGGGAAAACUAAGGAUGAAAUUAAGGCUAGACAAGACUUGGUUGCAAUGGGUAUAAGGGAUGAAUUAACUCCAAAACCAGAUAAGUGACGAACAUAUUUACAUCCUGCAGCUUACACUCUUACUAAAGAGGAAAGAAUGGAAAUUUGCAGAUGUUUGUUUAAUAUAAAAGUUCCAAACGGAUAUUCCUCAAAUAUAAGGUCAUUGGUAGACAUGAAAAGUUGUAUUCUGACUGGCAUGAAAUCUCACGAUUGUCAUAUUCUAAUGCAACAUUUGCUACCAGUGGCCAUUCGAUCUGUGUUGCCUAGGAGAGUUCGAGAUGUAAUCACAAGGUUAUGCUUGUUUUUCAAGUCAUUGUGUUGUAAGGUGAUUGAUCCGCUAAAGUUACCUAAGUUAAGAGAUGAAAUUGUUGAGGUAUUGUGUGAGUUGGAGAAAUAUUUCCCGCCGGCAUUUUUUGAUAUAAUGAUCCAUUUGACAAUUCACUUGGUUAGAGAACUAAGAUAUUGUGGUCCAGUUUAUUUAAGAUGAAUGUAUCCAUUUGAGCGAUAUAUGAAGAUUCUUAAGGGGUAUGUUAGGAAUAGAAGUCGGCCGGAAGGAUGCAUCAUCGAAUGCUAUAUUGCAGAAGAGGCAGUUGAAUUUUGUUCUGAAUACAUGACUUGUGUACAGAAAAUUGGGUUAAAUGAUGUUGAAAAUGUUGAGAUUCAGAGUCUUCGUGGUAGCGUUGUAUGCACAGUAAGUCGAGAUCUUCUAGAUGAAGCGCAUCGUCUUGUGUUGCAGAAUAUAAAUGAAAUUCAACCUUAUAUCGAGGAACAUUUUAAUUGGAUAAAGACCAAAUUUCCAUCCAAGUCAAGGAACUCAAAAUGGUUACAAGACGAACAUUAUCGAACUUUUAGUAGUUGGAUUAAACAAAAGGUUAUGUCAGAAUUACAAAACACAUCAAAUAAUGUUUCAGACAUUGUUAAGUGGAUUUCUCGAGGACCUUUGGUUAAUGUCAUCAAGUUUUCAUCAUACAUGAUUAACGGUACUCUAUUUAACACUAGGGAGCGCAAUAACAACAGAAACACACAAAACAGUGGUGUUAGCCUUGUUGCUAAAACUGUGCAAGUCUCUAGUGCAAAAGAUAAAAAUCCAGUUCAAUGUGAUAUGACUUUUUAUGGAGUAGUUAAUGAAAUUUGGGAGUUAGAUUAUGUCACAACUCGAGUACAUGUUUUCUUUUGUGAUUGGGUGAAAAGUGACAGCGGCAUAAUAUAUGAAGAUUUUGGUUUCAUAUUAUUUAAUCUAAAUCGAAUUGGGCACAAAUCUGAUCGAAUUAUAUUAGCUUCACAAGCGAAACAAGUAUUUUAUGUGAAUGAUCCUUCAGACAACCAAUGGUCAAUUGUUCUUCCAACACAAACAAGAGAAUGGAACAUUAAAGAUGGUGAUUUACAUGAUAUACCUCUCGAAGAAGAACUUGUCACAUUCACCGCAAUAGAAGAUAAUGACGAAGUUGAUGAUGAUUGUAUUUGUUUCCGUGAAAACGGUGAAGGAUUAUGGGUUGAUGAAAAUGGGUCUUGAGAUGGAGGCUGAUCCUUUUGGUGGUAGUUCUGAUGAGGGGGAGCAACGCCCUCAUUCUCAGUCAGUGGAACAAGAAAAUAAAUCUGUGAGAGGACGUACAUGGAUGUCUAGAAACACCAAAAAAAAAAGAGUGAAGGACAUCUUACUCCUGUUGAAUACAAUGAGUAUGGUCAACUAGUGGGUGAAUCUAGAAGUAAUGUUUCAUCACAGCUUGGAUCAGUUGUUCGAGCAACUGUGUCCAUCAACAUUAACAGUUGGAAAGAUGUUAGUGUGGUGGAUAAAAAUAAAAUAUGGGACACAAUGAAGAAAACUUAUGAUUUGGACCCCAAACAAAAGCAACAGAUGUUGAAGGAUGCGGGAAAGUACUUCUGAAAUUGGAAGACUAAUCUUACAAGGGUACACGUUUAUGACGCUUUGAAAAAAUACCCAAAUGAGUUCCCGCCAGCUUUGCCAUUUGGAUUUGAGAAUGUCAUAACUCCGGAUGAAUGGUUAAAGUUUGUGAACUCAAAAUUAACUCCCAAGUGGCAAAGAAAGAGAGAGGAGAUGCAAAAUUAUCGAGUACUGAAUAAAUACAAUCAUAACCUCUCUAGAGGAGGCUAUGUGCGUAUUGAAGAGAUGUUAAUGGAACAAAGCGGGAAAAGUCUGACUGAACUUGAUAGGGCAGACUUAUGGAGCAUGGGUCGUCGAAAUGCAAAAGGAGAGCUCAUUGGAGAGGCCUCUGAGAUUCAAAAAAAUAUUGAUCAUUACCGGCAACUCCAAGCUGAGGGUAAAUGGGCACCUGAUGGCCCUGAUGAUGUGCUGACGAGGGCGUUGGGCACUCCUGAGCCUCGAGGACGUGUUAGGGCUGGGGGACACGGUGUGUCCCGCUCAGUAUACUGGAAUACUCCAACACCUACCUCAACGAAAAAUAAAUCAAAAGCCUCUUCUUCGAAUGACGACAUUAGAAAGGAAUUUGAAGAAAGAUUUCGAAAACAUGAAGAAGAGCAUCGUCCACAAGCACAACGCCUAGAAGAGCGCCUUCAGCAACAAGAUGAGCUCUUGAGAAAAUUAUUGGCCCAACAGAGCGGGUCAGGAUCUAACGUUGGAGUCCCACCAGCGCCAUCAUCAUACUUUGUGCCCGACCCACCAGUGCCACCAGCGCAGGCGUCCUACUAUACUCCAGACCCAGUAGUGCCUCAAGCAGAACACCACAUUCUUGCACUACAACCGCUUUUGCAAGAGAUAAUUAAACUUUCUUGAAUAUUCUGAAACCAAAUAAAUUUCUUUACUGCUUUAACAUGAUUAUUUGUAUAUAAUAUGUUUCUUACGCAGGGCCGAGCAUGACAAUUAGCAAUUGGUUCGGUUUCAAACAUUGUUGCAUCAGGUACACUCAUUGAAAGAGAGGCAGGCAACAACUUCCAAGUUAUGAUUACGAGUGUUCUUAAGCCAACCUGUCCUCUCCCUUUUGCAUAUCCUGAUUUGGACAUGUACAUAGUUGCUCAGGCCAUUGGGACGCCAAUAGCGUGGCCUAAGGAUUUUGUCAUUAUAUCUGAAGAUGUAACUCAUGAGACUCCUUCUACAAGUAGGACCAAAUCACAACGACCAAGAGCUCCAUCAACACAACAACCUCGAGAAAGAAGACGACAACAAACUCAUCCAACACAAUUGGCCCACACUCCAUUGGAACGAUUACAGAAUAUCGUAUCUCAUUGGGAUGAUGGCGAGUGUGUCAAUCUAGGCAUAGAGUCUGAAUUUUUUGAUCAGGAUAUGUCUCACUGUUAUAUAUUUAAGGAUGACAUACUUCAGUUUUCUCGAAAGGAGAAGAUUGGACAAGCAGUACUCGUCAGCUACAUGAGGUUCAUUUACAGAUAUGUGGUACAACAAGGUCGCUAAAAUAAGUUUUUAUUUGUCAAUCCUAAUAUCGUCGCCACUCAAGGGAGUUCAUUCGACGAUCGUGUUCAGAAUCUGUUCAGACGUUGCAAUGACGUAAAAUCAAAAGAACAAGUUAUGCUUGUCCCUUGGAACCAUGGUGAACAUUGGAUGUUGCUUAUUUUGGCACCAUAUGCAUAUCAUGUUUAUUGUUGUGAACCGGUGAAUUCAGAGCUAAAUAACCGUGAGGAGAUUGUAUCAGUGAUCGUCAGCGCUUUCAAUCUUUUUUUCUCUAUAAAUCUUCCUGAUGUCGAGAUCCUUGAUACUCUACGCAUUAAGCAACCUCAGGUAAGUAACUUCAGCAGAAAUUUUUUAACAUUUAUAAUAAUUAAGUAGAAUAAUAUGUAUGCAUUUUUUAAAAAAUUUCAAUUUAAUAAUAAAUUACUCAUUUUUUUAAAUAAUUAGUUGUAAUGACCCACUACUCUAGAUUAUUUGGACCAUUAACGAAACUAUACAUAAAAUCCUUAAAAGAACUUACAUUUGCGAAAAUACCAUAAUUUUAUUAAGUAACUUAUAAAAAUAAGAGUUACUUACAAAGUAAAUACCAAAACGGAUAUGGGAUCCCAUUGUCUUUAAAACAAAAACAUAAUUUAAAAUAAUAAAACAUUACAUAAUUAGUGCGGAAAAUACAUGUAAAAAGACAUAAAACUGAAACUACAUCCUCGAAUCGAAUAACGCUCGGCCCCUUGACUCCAUUCACCAUCGAUACACAUCCUCUAAGCGUCACGAACCUUUCCGCCUCUAAAGCUUAUUUUCCUGCACAUAAAACAAAAAGGAAUGAGCCUAAUGCCCAGCAAGGAAAAUCUAACACAUAUUCAUAAACAUAACUUCAUAAGAAACAUAAAGACUUAACAUAAUACAUAUAACAUACACUUAUUAUAAUGGCCAUUAUUACUUGGGGUCCCAUAGACUAAACAAGCAUAUGCCCAUGGGAUUAGUGGGGUCCUACUAGCUAAGUAGGUCAUAUGCCCAUAACCCAUUUGGGGUCUUGUUAGUCAUAUGGGUCAUAUGCCCAAGCCUACAAACAUAUAUACAUAUCAUAACACAUUUAAUAACAUAAAACAUAUAGAUAACAUAAGCACAUAACAUAUUGAUUCUAGCCUAUUUUCCUUACCAAAGUUACCGGGAUAUAAUGGACUGAUUUGGGACUUUUUGGAACACUCCUAAAACCAUAAGAAAGAGUGAGUCUAAAGAAAGGAGAUGAAAUGAAAGAGAUGGAAAGACUAAACCAUAAAAAAAACAUACUUACCGACUUAUAUGCUUAAGAACUUGGAUUCCCUAACCAAAAUAAGAAUGAGGUUAGGGGACUGAAUAGAAGGUUUUGAGAAAGGAAAUAACAUGAAAUAAAUGGAAUAGAGUUUCGGUUUUACCUUAAAGAUUUGCAAGAUCAAUCUAACCUCCACCGAAAUACUAUAGAACUCACUUCCCAAAGUGUUUGAUAAGCUUAUGAUGUUUAAGCUUAUAGUUUUUUCCCAAACCAAGUGUUUACACUCUCACACUCACUUAACACUAGCAGCUUCUGAACUUAGAGCAAAUGGUGAAUAAUGGCUGGGUACUAGGUCCUAUUUAUAGAGUUUGGGAAUGAAAGUAUCUUGAUUUUACUUGAAUAAAAAUAAUGGCUUUUUAGGCGAAAAUCAUUUGAAUAAUCGUUCAGCAGAGGCUGAAGACUCGUUCAGAAGAUGCUGGACUUAUGGAGGAGUUUGAAUGGCUGAAAGGAAAAGAAUUCAAAAGUAUUUGAAUUUAGGCUGGAGGAGGCGAUAUAUCGCCUGGACCAUUGUUCCCGAGGCGACUGUGCAUCGAUUCGUGUUUUCUGUAUCUACGUGCUGCGAUAUAUCGCCCCCUAUAGCUGCGAUAUAUCGGCACUCGCUGAAUAUUUAAACACAAAAUUACACAUUUUUAGCUAAGUUUGAAUUGAGUAAACAGCCUUGACUAAGCCCUCAACGUACUCAAAGCUGCUGACUGACCCUAUAACAUUCAAACUUUACUCCUUAUUAAAUUAAAUCCUCAAAAAUCUUUAAUCCUUAAUCACCAUUCAUAACAUGUGCUUAAAAUCCUAUUGGUUGAUGUCUAAACCUUAUAAUAUAAUAAAUAUAACCCUUAAUAUCAGUCACAUUGAUCAAACCUUAGGUUAUACUUAAUAUUCUUAAACUAUAGAUUAAACUUAGAAAAUCUAUAAGUACUACUAUGAGUGUCCAAAUAAUUCCCGGUCUGAACCAAAAAUCCAUAGUAAAGAUAACACUAAACAUACUAUAACACUACUAAACAAUUAGUUAAGUAAAGUUCUUGGACUCUACAUUAGUGUCCACACCAACCGGACAAUGUGGCAUGUGGAUACUACUUAAUGAGGAUGUUGAAGGAUUUGAUUGAACAUGCGAGUCCCGGGCAAUACUUGAGAACGCUAAAAAGCACAUCAUAUACAGAGUCACAAAUUGAUGAGUUGCGACAAUAAUGGGCGACAUAUAUGUUGCCGAUAAUCCAAAGUUACUGACCUCGUUGAUAGGUUUUUUUAAAAAAAUUUAACUCUUUCUUCAUACACAAUGCAAUAUUUAUUCAUUUUGAAUAUUUCUAACAAAUAUU